AUGAGCUUGAGACGGAUGAGAAGUGGAGGUGUGCAUGCAGAUUCAGAAUUAGAUUUUUUAAAUGUAUUGAUAUGAUAUAUUAAUUUUACUAGAAAAUUACUAAAUUGGAAAAAUAAUAAAAAAGAAGAACUUACAUAGAAGAAACUGAAACUUUAGAAGGUUUUAUAAUGAAUUCUCAAUUUACUUUUGAUUGCUUCGGAGGAAAUCAAAUGUUAAAGGCUACUUAAUAAUCUCAUUUUAUUCUAAUUAUGAUUGAUGAUUUUGCUCUUAGUCCAAAGAGAUUAUAAAAUAUGAUUGAAAACAGUAUGUUCUUUUUGUUUAUAUAUUUUAACAGAUAAUUGUGAAACACUGACAUAAAGCACAAAUGAUGAUUCAUUUGUUUGGAGCUCUUAACCUAUGAAUUAUGACUGCUUAGUACACAAUUAAACAGUAGAACAUAUCAAUCAUUUAUUUAAUAUAUGGAUAAUUAAUACUCCUGUUAUGAAUGAAACAUUUAAAUGUAUUAAUUGCUAUUCAUUAUUUCUUAAGAGUGCUAUUUUCAAUUUUUCGAAGCAUUUAUUUGUGUAAAUAGUGAAAAAAAUGAAAUAUUCAAAGAGGUUUACAAGGAAAUGAGAUAUUAUAAUAAUAAAGUUUAGUAAUUUCAUAUAAAAGAAAAUGAUGAAGUAAUAUAAUUUUAGAUUAAAUAGGUUUCACCAGAUCGUUAAUAAAUUAAUAAUUUUUAAUAAAUUCUUAAAACUUUGAUUUAUUCGACAACGAAAUGA